CCUGGGGAAGGAGGCUCCAGACCAGCCCUGUUUUCCACCCUGACUCCACUCCAGCCCUACAUCGCCAUGUGCCACACCAGCGGCUCCACUGGCUGCCAGCCGGCCUGCUGUGUGCCCAGCUCCUGCCAGGCGUCCUGCCACGUGCCCAGCUCCUGCCAGGCGUCCUGCUACGUGCCCAGCUCCUGCCAGGCGUCCUGCUACGUGCCCAGCUCCUGCCAGGCGUCCUGCUACGUGCCCAGCUCCUGCCAGGCGUCCUGCCGCGUGCCCGUGAGCGGCAAGCCUGUUGUGUGUGUGACCUCCUCCUGCCAGUCCUCCGGGUGCUGCCGGCCCUCCUGCCCCACCCUGGUCCUCAGGCCUGUUCCCUGCGGCACCCCUAACUGCGGCUAGCCCGUGGCCUCCUGGGACCCCUCCUCCGUGGGGCCAGAAGCAGCUGCUGUCUGAACUCCCGGCAGGCAGACCUCGUCCACCUGAGACCUUCUGUCCUGACUAGACCAUCUUACAGCAAAGCCGCCUGAUCCCCACUAACCAAGCGGACAGAGUCACCCCCGGCGUCCCCCGACCCCAGCCCGGGUCGUCCACACGGCACCCACCCUGGCUGGUGCAAGCGCCCAGGCUUUGCAGCCGCCAGCACUGAGCUCUAAUAAAUCCCAGAGCGCAUGUGAAGCCCACCC